ACCCAUUGAAAAAUAUUUCUUAAAUCUAAGUUGCCGGCAAAACAAUUAUUUCGUAAACAAUGGACAAAGACAAAUAUUUUUACAUGCCACGUGUAUUUCAAGCUCAAGACGUAUUUCAAGACCACGUUCCUUGUGAUCAACUUGAAAAUGAUACAACGCAUCCUAAUCUCAACACACGACAUUUCGAAUACAAAAUAAGAACUGAAAGAAGACCUCAACAUCCAUUCCUUCCUGUUUAUUCAUUCAUCAGAUGCUUCGAUAAGUUCCUUGUUGUAGGAUCAAAUGAGUUUGCUGGAAUUGAAUGGGAAGGUAAUAUCACAGGUGCCACAGAUAUUGAUGUAUUUACUAAUCGUGAUAAAGAAAAUGUUUCGUUUUGCUUCAUGGGUACAAGCACAGUGACUGGAUUUAAAGUUGUAGACAACAAAACGUUCAUUGUCGCAACUCAAAAUAGCUUGUUGGAACUUUACCAAAUGCAAAGUGACAUUAACGACCAAAACAGUCAACAACCUUACAAGACCUACACACAGAAUACAUUUGGUUACGUCAAAUGCAUCGAUACUCUUAAAGAUGAAACGAAAUUAAUAACAGGAACAGAGAAAGGAACGUUAAAUUUGCAUGAUUACGAGUUUUCUGAACUUUACCCAUGCUCAACAUUCAACUAUGCCCAUGGAGGUGCAAUCACUGGAGUUUCAUCUCAUCCUUCUGCGUCGAAAAUUUGGGCUUCGUGUUCAACAGAUAAAAGCUGCUUGUUAUGGGAUUUAAGAAAAGAAAAACCUGCUUUAGGCCUUCUUCGUGACUAUAAAACUUGGUUCACAGCUUUGUACUGGACAAAACGAGCUGAAAAUAGAGAGUAUGUCAUGUUAGGAGAUGAUGUUGGAAAUGUUUUGACAAUUGAUCCACGACGGCCCAACCACAUUCUCAACAAAAAGAAAGUUUCGGAUCGAGAUCGUUUAUUGGAGUUUGUUGUCAAGGAUCCGACAACGAAAACAUUAAUUAUGGAUGAAACAAAUCCUUCUGUGACUUCAAGACCAAAAUCACCUCGUAGUAAAAGAGCUGCAGCCGUCAAAAGACUACAAAAAAUGAAUCAAGAACAACUUCUGGAAGCCUUACGAAAAAAGAAAGAAUGCAAUGCUAAAGCUCAGACAAUUGUGGAGAGACUUCUAGAUCCUUUUGAUGAUGGAAAAGAACUUCUAUUGAUGCUUCGAGACAUCAAUCAAUGUCAUUACCAAGAUAUUGUCGAAGAACGUGCUAUUAUGAAACUCUGUGGUUAUCCUUUAUGUAAAGAAGUUUUCAAAGAAAUUCCGAAACAACAAUUCCACAUUUCAACAGCAACAAAUAAAGUUUAUGAUCUUUCUGAUCGAAAACACUUCUGCAGUGGAAAAUGUUUAAGACUCUCAAAUUACUUAAAAACUCAACUUUUGACAAGUCCGCUUUGGAUGCGUGAUAAAGAAAUUAUCCCCGAAUUCAAACUGUUAUCAUUAGAAUAG